UUCACCGAUGCAGAGAUGCGGAUAAGAAGGUUGGCAGCAGACAAGUUGUCGUUAGGAAAAUAUACAAUACAGUACCAAGAGGCAGAGAGACUGUUGGCAACGGAGAUGGAAAUGGAGAUGGAGAAGAAGAGAGUGUGCGUGACGGGUGCUGGAGGCUUCGUGGCAUCGUGGAUUGUCAAGCUUCUCCUCUCUAAGGGCUACAUCGUCCAUGGAACCGUUCGAGACCCCGGGGAGGAGAAGUACGCCCACUUAAACAAGCUCGAGAGAGCAUCCUACAACCUUAAACUGUUCAAGGCUGAUCUGUUGGACUAUGGCUCUCUCGUGUCAGCAAUUGCAGGAUGCACCGGUGUCAUCCACGUCGCCUGCCCGGUCCCUACUUCCACUCUAUCCAAUCCCGAGGUGGAAAUGCUUGAACCAGCCGUAACGGGGACACUCAAUGUUCUCAGGGCAUGCUCCGAAGCAAAAGUUAAGCGGGUUGUCUACAUCUCUUCUACUGCUGCUGUGGUGAAGAAUCCUAAGUGGCCCGAGGACCGGGUGAAGGACGAGACUUGCUGGUCUGACAGAGAAUACUGCAGGGCCACUGAGAACUGGUACUUCCUUGCCAAGACUGAAGCAGAAAGCAUCGCUUUUGAAUACGGGAAACAAAAGGGGCUGGAUGUUGUUGCAGUAAAUCCAGGCUUUGUAUUUGGGCCAGUUAUGCAACCUAUAUUGAACUUCAGCACCUUGCUCCUCCUAAAGUUUGUGAAGGGCGUCUAUAUUCAGAUCGAACCAGGUGACGUGGAUGGUGUUCCCAACAUGCUCUGGGGCAUAGUGGACGUACGAGAUGUUGCUGAUGCUGUAUUGUUGGCGUACGAGAAACCUGAAUCAGAAGGCCGAUACAUUUGUGUGGCAUACAAUAUCACGAUCAAAGAUUUGACUGAAAAACUGAAGAGUCUGUAUCCGGACCAGACUUACUUGGAGAAUUUCGGUGAGGAUGAUUGCAAAUACAGGGUGACCUCCGAGAAGCUGCAGAAGCUGGGGUGGACUUACAGGCAGCUUGAGGAAAUUCUCGAGGACUCAAUCGAGAGCUACAAGAAGGCAGGACUACUCGAUUAAUUAUGAAACUUCUCCAGUCGGUCGGCAAAUUUCGGGAACUUCUUUUACUGCUCUGUCCUAUAUGUUGCCCUGGCAACAAAAAUGGGAUUAAUGUUUCUUAAGUUAGAAGUCUGAUUCUAGUCUCUUUUGGCGAUUCUCUGUUACUUAUGAUUUGAGAAAUGAACAAAAGACAGUUAACACGAA